GCUUUUUCUUCGGCAGCUGUUGUUUCAAGAUUUUGGCGGAUUCUUUGGCUGUCUCUGAGCCGAGUGAGCUGCCUACCUAGACAGCAUUUUAGGACAUCUCAGCUGCGUUUGACUGUUUUCCGAAAUGCUGUCUAGGAAGGCGGCUCAUAAGGUUUCAGACCCCAACCAACGUUAGCUUUAUUGCUAGUGAACACGGAAUUGCUGCUACUUGAGAAUUGAAACAAUCAUCCUGCCUGGAUUUGGCGGCCAGAAGGAAGGUGCAGCGUGGCAUCCCUCUCCUCCUCUCAUGUCCCCUCCCUGUGUGUCCUUGCAUGUCAGUGCCCCCUCGUCAUCCUCCCCGUGUCUCACCCUGCCAGCCCUCUGUGUUCCUCCCCCUCAUGCUUGGGACAGACUGGCCUCACUGUCAGACCAAUGACUGCCUGGAUCAUACUGCCUGUCAGCCUGGCUGCCUUCUCUAUCACCGGGAUAUGGAUAGUAUAUGCUAUGGCUUUAAUGAACCACCAUGUUUGUCCUGUCGAAAACUGGUCAUACAAUGUAACAUGCAUGGAGGAAACGGCUAAACUGGGCUUCCCAAAAACAUGUUGCACCAUUCAAGACAUCCCCCUCAUCAGUAAAUGUGGAUCUUUCCCUCCCGAGAGCUGUCUUUUCAGUCUCAUUGGUAAUGUGGGAGCUUUCAUGGUGGUGUUGGUGUGUCUGUUACGUUAUGCUCAGAUCAUCGAGCACAGGAACCACUGCUGGCUCAACACCAGUGGACUUGUGUCUGGAUGCACCAAUGCUGUGGGACUGGUCAUGGUGGGCAACUUCCAGGUGGACCACGCUAAAACACUUCACUAUGUAGGUGCGGGUGUCGCCUUCCCAGCAGGCAUUCUGUUCGUGUGUUUGCAGUGUUUGCUGACCUACCGGAUGGCUGUCACAGCUCUGGACUACUGGAUGGCUCAUGUGCGGGUGGCACUGGCUACUGGUGCUCUCAUCACACUGGUUCUCAGUGGGAUAUUCUUCAUCCAUGAGAGCUUUGUUUUACAACAUGCAGCGGCCAUCUGUGAGUGGGUCUUCACUAUAGUCAUCCUCGUGUUCUACGGGACUUUCACCUAUGAGUUCGGCACCGUCACCACCGAGACCAUGUUGGCUGGCCUCCAGCUGAACCUCUUGCACGGAUCCGGCGUCAUGAUCGGAGACGAUGUCCAAGCAGACACCCUGGUAGGUGCCACCACAAAGGGUUUGAAAUCUCCCGGAGGAAGCAGCACCUCCACCCAUCUGAACUGCACUCCUGAGAACAUAUCAAUGCUUUAAACACCUCAGCACACACGGUCACAUACUGCCAGGUGGGAAGCCUCAAGAUGGGGCAUCCUGCGUUUAACACCACACUUAGGCUGAGAUCAAAGUCAUUUAGAGAAACCGUCCAGUCUGGAGUCGAGGCAGGUUCAUCAGGUUUACAGGUGUGACUGUUGUAUACUAUAAUUUCAGAUUUUAAGUUUCGUCUGAUAAAUUUGUCUUUUUUCUAGUCCUGUAAUGCCUUGCGAGAAGCUUCUGUUGGGUUGUUUGUACGUGAGAAGGACAGAAUGAGCACUUGUUUAAAGGAGCAGGAAUUUUAGCUCCACUUUAAGGUUGUUGUUAGCACCGAUCAAAUGGUUUGUGAGGUUAGAAUUGUUGCACUGGGCGAUGGGGUACAUUUUUACUGUUACGUUUGCACAACUGGUUCAGGGGUAUCUCUUUCAGAGCUUGUUACUGUUUGCCCACACACAUUGUUGCAAAUGGAUGAUUUGCACAUAACACAAUGAAUGAAUUUUGAAGAAUAAAGUUAUUUUCACUUUUAUUUGGAGUUGCAGACUAUCGGGAUCUCAGAGUAUUAUCAUUUUUGUAACAAGAAUGUCUAAGAUACGGAUCAAACUAUAACCUUUGAGCACCUUUUAUUUUGGAAUUGGAAAAAAAUUACUUUUUAUUUUUUUUUGGUAUUGGUGGCCUUUUUAACAAUGCUGUGGGUAAAUGUUUUUGCAAUGCUGGCUUGCUUCUGUUCUGUUUCAUGCUUGUUUUUAGUCUCUGGUGAGGUGGGUUUUGUUUUUCAUUUUCGAGCAGGAGGAAAUUAUGUAAAGUGACACCAGCUCUAUCCUUGCCUUCCUGGUCAGUCGAUUAGUUGUAGAAGAAGUAUAUUCAUAUUGACUGUAAAUGUACCUUUUUAUAUAUAAUUUUUUUUUUUUCCUCUGUCAAGGCCGGGCCAUAAAAACAACUCGAAAAAUGCCACAUCUAUUAAUUGUUUUACAUUGUAGUUUUACUUGCAUUUCUUCGCCGAUUAUUUUGUCUAGUUACAUAGUGACAUAACUAAAAUAACUUUUUUUGUUGUUUUUUUUACAUAAGCAGCAAAUCAGUUUUUGUUUAACUUUGUUGCCAAAGGAUGCAUUUCAAAAUAUGUACUUAAUGCCUUUGAUUCAUUGAUUUUUUUGUGUGUGUAGCAGGACAUAUAGCCACUGAGAAAAUGACAGUACUGCAAUAUAAGCAAAUUUUUAAAUGAUUAUAUGAAUGAAACUGAUUGGUCUCCAGGCUGGAACCUAGGAAACCAUCUCUAAACUUUCUGAGGGUUGAGUGGUUAUGGUGGCCUUAAUGUUUCUGUAGUAUUUUUGUCAAUCAAAGGGUCCACACUGCUUUUAAAGUGACUCCAGGUUUAUUGUGCUUUAACAUUUAUAUUUUACACAGAAAUGUGCCAGGUAUUGUCUGUUUGCUGUCCUUCAAUGGGACGGAUACAUUUCAUGUCAGUGAUUAGACUGUACAUUUAGAUGUGGUCUCUAGCCAUAAUACAUGUCUAUCUCUGUUGACUCCACUCGUGCAAGGAAAUAUUCACAGGGCUGCACUGUACAACUGAAACCAUCCAUUUAAUUUAAUAAUAGUUGCUCAUUACAAAAUACAUUCAGCUCAAACCAAACUGCAUAUAGAGGUACAGUAACAUAACGGGUCAAGAUUAAACAAACACAAAAGGGCAUAAAAUCUUGGGUAUUAUAAAGUAUGUGCAUAUGAACCUAAAGUCAAUGUUGAUGUCAUUUCUCAUUAAAUUGACAUUUUUGCCAUAUUCCAGUUACAUUUGGUAUAAAUUACAUGCAAUAUUUGUCAAUGCAUCUUAUAUGAUCCGAAUAGCAGAUCAGUCAUUUUUAGGUCACCUAAGAGCAAAAGGUUGAGUAAGAAUGGUUUAUUGAUAAUCUAUGUUACAAUUUGAACUGACUUAAUUUGAACACAUAAGGUUUGGUCAAAGACUUCAAAGUCACAAGAAAACACUGUCAGAUAUUUUCAUUGAUGUUUUUUUUUUUUUUUUGAUGUUACAAGUUUGAUGUUUCAGCAGUUGUCUGGAUAGAAGUUAUUUUUCUGAUGCCUUUAAAUGAUGUAAUCAAAGUAUUUUUAUCAACACAGUGUGUCUAUUAAGAACAACAAUGACGCGAGGUUCACACUCCAAAAUCGAAAUAAAAACAAUGCAGAGAAUAUUUUUCUUUUAUACAUUACUUCUGUAAAUAAGUAAGAUCUACGGAUAAUUUCAAUGUUUUUAUUUGACAAAGGUUUAUAUUGAAUUACCAAAAUGUCUGAUGGAAAAUAAACAAGUGUAUCUGUA